AUGGUGCAAGUGACCUGGCUGUGCAUGCAGGGACAGGAGCAGUGCCCGGGCACUUGCACUGCACAGCGCUUAGGAUUGCAGACCUUUCCCUAUCAGCAAAACCCCUACACCCCCGGGAGCAGCUCCACCGUCAUCCAGUGCUACCGCUGCGGGGACACCUGCAAGGGAGAGGUGGUGCGUGUCCAGAGCAACCACUUCCACAUCCGCUGCUUCACCUGCCAAGUGUGUGGCUGCGACCUGGCCCAGUCGGGCUUCUUCUUUAAGAACCAGGAGUACAUCUGCACCCAUGACUACCAGCAGCUCUACGGGACCCGCUGUGACAGCUGCGGGGACUUCAUCACCGGAGAGGUCAUCUCCGCCCUGGGGAGGACCUACCACCCCAAGUGCUUUGUCUGCAGCACCUGCAGGAAACCAUUCCCAAUUGGAGACAAGGUCACAUUCAGCGGGAAGGACUGUGUCUGCCAGAACUGUUCCCAUUCUCUCAUCAGCACCAAACCUAUCAAGAUCCACGGGCCCAGCCACUGUGCAGGCUGCAAGGAGGAGAUCAAGCAAGGCCAGUCCCUCCUGGCCCUGGAGAAGCAGUGGCACGUCAGCUGCUUCAAGUGCCAAACCUGCGGGAUCAUCCUCACCGGCGAGUACAUCAGCAAGGAUGGUGUCCCCUACUGCGAGUCUGACUACCACGCCCAGUUUGGCAUCAAGUGCGAGACCUGUGACCGGUACAUCAGUGGCAGGGUCCUGGAGGCAGGAGGGAAGCACUACCACCCCACCUGUGCCAGAUGUGUCCGCUGCCACCAGAUGUUCACAGAAGGGGAGGAGAUGUACCUCACAGGCUCCGAAGUGUGGCACCCCAUCUGCAAGCAGGCGGCCAGAGCAGAGAAGAAACUAAAGCACAGAAGGACAUCAGAAACCUCUAUCUCGCCCCCCGGUUCCAGCAUCGGCUCCCCAAACCGCGUCAUCUGCGCUAAAGUGGAUAAUGAGAUCCUUAAUUACAAAGACCUGGCAGCUCUUCCCAAGAUUAAAGCCAUCUAUGAAGUGCAGCGUCCUGACCUCAUUUCCUACGAGCCCUAUCACAGAUACACAUCGGAUGAGACGCUGGAGAGAUAUAGCUAUGGGGAGUCCCUGGGGACCCUCUCCCCGUACUCGCAGGACAUCUACGAGAGCUUUGACACGCGGCAGAGGCGAGCCUCCAGCCCUGGCUACAUCGACUCCCCCACCUACAGCCGCCAGGGCAUGUCCCCCACCAUCCCAAGGUCCCCCCACCAUUUCUACCGCUCAGGCACCGAGAGCGGGCGCAGCUCCCCAUACUAUAGCCAGUUAGAUGUGAGGUCCUCCACUCCAACCUCAUACCAAGCACCCAAGCAUUUCCACAUCCCAGCUGCUGGCGAGAGCAACAUCUAUCGGAAACCCCCCAUCUAUAAGCGACACGACAACUUCCCUGCAGCCACAAAAAGCAAAACGAGCGAAGACAUCGCACAGUCGUCCAAGUACAGCCCUGCCUACUCCCCCGACCCCUACUACCACUCCGAGUCAGAGUACUGGUCCUUCCAAGGCUCCCCCAAAGCCCCCCGGGCCCGGAGGUUCUCGUCGGGUGGCGAGGAGGAUGGGUACGACCGGGGCAUGCACAAGAUCCAGAGUGGCAUCGGCAGGCUGAUCCUGAGGGAGGAGAUGAAGGCUCGGUCCAACUCCUAUGCAGACCCCUGGACACCCCCUCGCAGCUCGGCCAGCAGCAGAGAAGCCCUGCACACGGCUGGCUACGAGGGCUCCCUCAACGGCUCUCCCCGGACGCACUACCUGGCUGACAGCGAUCCCCUCAUUUCUAAGUCAGCUUCCCUUCCUGCCUACAGAAGGAAUGGGCUGCACAGGCCUCCCAGUGCUGAGCUUUUCCACUAUGACAGCACGAAUGCCGUCAACUGGGGGAUGCGAGAGUACAAGAUAUACCCCUACGAGCUGCUCCUGGUGAAGACGAGAGGGAGGAACCAGCUGCCCAAAGAUGUGGACAGGACUCGGUUAGAGCGCCACCUCUCCCAGGAGGAGUUCUACCAGAUCUUUGGCAUGACCAUCGCUGAGUUCGACCGCCUGGCCCUGUGGAAGAGGAACGAGCUGAAGAAGCAGGCCCGUCUGUUUUAA